AUGACAUUCUUGAGAUAUCCAAGCCCAAGGUACUUUUCACAAUGCUCUAGACGUUUUUCCACACCUAUUAAAGUGGCAAUUGUGGGAACAGGUCCAGGUGGGUUUUACACAGCGCACCAUUUAUUGAAUAAAUCCAGUGCCGAUAAAGUUAUACAUAUUGAUUUCUUUGAAAAACUUCCCACGCCCUUUGGCUUGAGCAGAUAUGGCGUUGCUCCUGAUCACCCGGAAGUUAAGAAUUGCGAGGAGUUUCUCACAAACUUGAUGAAGCAUUUCAAAUUAUCAUCAUCAUCAGCAUCAGCAUCAGCAUUGAAGCAGGAGCAACGUCAUAAAGUACGAUUUCUUGGAAAUGUCGAGGUUGGCAAAGACUUGAAGUUGGCCAACCUCGAAAAAUACUACAACUCAAUUGUACUAGCUUAUGGCUCUACUUCGAGUGAUAACAAGUUGAGUAUUCCCGGAUCUAAUUUACCCGGCGUGAUACCGGCUCGACAAUUUGUCAACUGGUAUAACGGACACCCCGAUUGCUACAAAAAGGGAGAGGAGUAUAUACCGCCAGCAUUGGAAAAAAUAGAGGAUGUAACUAUCAUAGGAAAUGGGAACGUUGCUAUUGAUGUUGCUAGAAUCUUGCUAGCUGAUCCCAAACGACAUUGGGCACAGACUGAUAUUGCAGUUGAUGCUGAAAAGUUGCUUGAACAAAGUAAAGUUAAAAAUGUGAGAAUUGUUGCGAGGAGAGGCAUACUAGAAUCUGCAUUCUCAAAUAAGGAAUUGAGGGAGUUGCUUGAGUUGAAGGAUGCAAAGUUUCUUCCUUUACUGCAGCCAGAGUUGUUACAAGUUCUUGCAACAAAGAAAUUGGAUAGAGUCGCAAAAAGAAGAUUAUCACUACUUGAAAAGUACAAUAACACUUUGGAAACUACCUCCAACAAAGACAAGAGAACCUGGAGCUUAGAGUAUUUGCAAAGCCCCGUAGAGUUCUUAGCUGCCGAUAAUGGAAAAUUGGAGGCGACAAAAUUUGUGAAGAAUAAAGCAAUUGAUGAUCCACUUCUUCCUGGACAAAUUGCACCCACUGAUGAACAUGUUGUCGUUAAAAACGAGUUGGUCAUUUUGUCUAUAGGCUACCAAGGAACGCCAAUUGGAGGGUUUGAAGAACUCGGUAUCUGGUUUGACAAGAAUAAACUCCAUAAUAAAGGCGGCAGGGUGUUACUCAAAAAAUCUGCUGGAGAAAACGAUGCCAAUCUCACUUAUAAGAAAGGAUGGUACACUUCUGGUUGGAUCAAAAAUGGGCCCAAGGGUGCUAUUGCAACGACCAUGAUGGACUCCUUUGACACGGCUGAAAACAUCUUGAAGGAUUUAACCAAUGGCAAUUAUAUUCAAGUUGACGAUGGUCAAGACAUUUUAGAAUCGGACGAAUUACCGAAAGAAAAAGAAAUAGUUUACUGGAGUAACUGGGAGAAACUAAACGAGUACGAAUUGGAGAAGGGUAAGGAAUUGGGAAAGCAAAGGUAUAAGGUUUGUAACAAACAAGACAUGCUCAAUGUAUGUAAGGCAUAG